GUUCUCCCGGUGGGAUUGACUGCGCUGACUUCAACGUCCUACCUCACAUUGCCCCAAACCAAAAUGGCGACGUCCAUACUACUAACGGUCUGACAGAACGACCGAAGAAACCAGGUUAUAUCAUUUGACAUUUAAUCUACUGAAUGGUUACGUCUUCUGACUGCAUUACUCACUUGGACAACACAUUUGGACAAUAUUCAAGGAAGCUCUAGCUACGCAUUUGGUUCUCAACGUCAUAAUUAACUGUACAACGAUCAUGGCCCUGCACCGGCUGCAUUUUGGACUCAGACAGACCGUGACUCAAACCCGUUCACUCCAUGGCAGUGGACUCAUCCAGCAGCUGGGGUCAGCAGCAGUGGAGCCGGAACCUUCCGUUAGACCUAAACAUGCAAUCUUCAGAACCGCUGAGGGGGAUCCCGCUCAGCACUCAGAGCAGCAUUUGGGUCAGUACUACACCCUUCCCCCAGCCACCAUCCGGUCCCUGUUCCCCCAAGGCCUGCCCGAUCGAUUCCAGAAGCAGGUGAAGACGUUCAAUGAGUGCAGCAUGAUGGUGCGCGAGCCGGCCCUGGAGAUCAUCUCGCUCCUCAAGAGAGCCGACUACAGCAAGCCCCCCAUCCACUACAUGCUCUAUGGCGAGAAAGGCACUGGGAAGUCUCUGUCGCUGUGUCAUGCUCUGCAGUACUGCUUCAGCCAAGGAUGGCUGAUACUGUGUGUACCUGAUGCUCACCUGCUGGUGAAGAACUGCAGGGAAAUCCUCCCUUCUGCCUUCAAUUCCUCCCGGUAUGAUCAGCCAAUGCUGGCUGUCCAAUGGCUACGCAACUUCCGAACCACAAACGAGCAUUUCCUGUCCCAGAUAAAGACGACCAGGCGCUAUGUAUGGACUAAGAGGGAGAGCACUGAAGAGGGACGGCCCCUGAAGGAGAUAGUGGAACAUGGUCUGGCGCGGGCGAAGAGCAGCAGCGAUGUGGUGGGGGCCCUGCUGAGAGAGCUGAGGCUGCAGGUGGGCCGGCCGCUGGAGGGGGGGCAGGAGCCAUUCAGGCUGGCGGUGGCGGUGGACGGGGUGAACUCGCUCUGGGGACGGACUACCCUGACGAAGGAGCGCAAAAUUGAGAUGGCCCCUGAGGAGCUGACCCUGGUGUACAACCUGAGGAAAAUGCUCAAACAGGACUGGUCUGGGGGGGCCAUCAUCACAGCAGUGUCCCAAACAGGAGCUCUGUUCAAACCCAACUUCGCCUACCUGCCCCACGAGCUGCUCGGAGAGGAGGGCUUUGUCAGCUUGGAACCCUUUCUGCCCGUCCCGGUGCCAGUGUACAGUGACAAGGAAUUCGAGAGCUGCUAUCAGUACUACAUUGACCGCAACUGGCUGCAGCAUGAGCAAAGCCGCACUGAGGAUGGAAAGAAAGAGCUCAUCUUCCUCAGCGACAGGAACCCGUCGGUGCUGGAGAGAGUGUGCGCGUCCCUCUGAACACGCAGUUACACACGCGUCGUCCCAAACUGUAUUAUUUAACCCACGUUGUUAUUGUGCUACACUUUGUUUUAUGAAGUGCCUCACAAAAUGUUUUUUUUUUAAAUAAUAAAAUGCUGUUCAAGAUG